AUAUAGUUUAUGCCUAUUGUAUGGCACUUGUGCCACGUAUUUUUACAGGAAAAACUUAACAUUGAAUUAACAAUUAAACAGUAUUUUUAAUGUUUGCUAAUUAUUUGUGUCAAGGGGCUUAAACGGUCUUCCUUGUUUUAAUAUGGGAUCAUCGCAAAGUAUUGAAGUUCCCGGUGGCGGAACUGAAGGUUAUCACGUUCUCCGGGUACAAGAUGGUUCACCAGGUCAAAAAGCCGGUCUUGAGGCUUUUUUCGAUUUUAUUGUAGCUAUUGGAAACACUAGACUGGAUCAAGAUAAUGACACGUUAAAGGAACUUUUAAAAAAUGGAAUAGAUAAGGAAUUGCAGAUUACUGUAUAUAGUAGUAAAACACAAUCUGUUAGGGAAACUGUAAUUGUACCAAGUAUGACUUGGGGAGGACAAGGUUUACUUGGAGUUAGCAUUCGAUUUUGCUCCUUUGAAGGAGCUAAUGAAAACAUUUGGCAUGUCCUUGAAGUUCAUCCGUCUUCACCAGCUGAAUUAGCUGGAUUACAAUCAUUUACAGAUUACAUUAUUGGUGCUGAUUCGAUUUUACACGAAAGUGAAGAUCUCUUUAGUUUAAUCGAAGGAUAUGAAUCACGAUCGCUUAAACUUUAUGUUUAUAAUACGGAUUUAGAUUCAUGUCGGGAAGUCACGAUUAUUCCCAAUAAUAAAUGGGGAGGUGAAGGAAGUUUGGGCUGCGGCAUUGGAUAUGGUUACCUACAUCGUAUACCAAUUAGAAGUAUAACUGAGACCAAACCAAUGAAUUCUUAUGUGGCAAAUCAGGCAAAUGUUGUCACAACCCAAGUUACGAAUCCAAUAAUGUCACAAGUGUCUGCUAAUGUUGGAAGUACGUCAGUGACAAUUCCUACUGGAUUUACAAUUCCCACGAGUUUUGUACAAACUCCACAGGCAUCAACAAUUGUUUCAACAGAACCUGCUCCUCAGGCUCAAGUUGCUUUUACAGUUGCACCACCAAAUCCUGGAGUUGCACCAAUUAGUUCAGUUUUAGUCGACAUACCAGGCUCGACUAAUUCAACAGCACAUUUGUUUUCCUCCCCGCAAACCGUGUUACCAAAUAUUGAACAUACGACAUAUCAAAGUACUCCAGAUAUUCCUGGAAUGCCACAAACUUCACCUUUACCACCGCUUCCAUUUGAUAUCAAUACAAUUGGCAAUGUCCCGACUCUCGGUGGUAGUCAGCAACAAAUUUAUAAUCCAAUACCAACAUCAACUGUUCCAUCGACAACAUUACCAUACGGUGUGCCACAAUCGCAAAUUGUCACUCCAAUUUCAUUGCCUGGAAUGCCUCCAAUUACUGUUAGUGCUGCUAUGCCGCAAAAUCCCUCUUUUUAUCAACCCAUGAGACAACCUGAUUUAUCAACAUCUCAUUCUGUGCCUCCACCAACAACGGCUUCGACACAAUAAGAACUUUUUAAUCAGAGAAAAAUUUCGUUUUAUCGUUUUUGUUUUUCUUUCUUUUUCUUGUUUUUUUUUUUUUUUUUUUUUUUUUUUUUUUUUUUUUUUGCAGACUGCUUUACCAAUUUUAUUAAGUUUUGUAUUUUAUAUGUGCAUUAUUAUUUUUUUAAAUGGAAUACAAAUUCUGCUAAGUAAGAUAAGAAAAUUGUAAUUUUAAAAAUUAUAAAAAGCAUGGCACAUUUUUUGCAUUGUUUUUAAAGUAUUUUUUUUUUUUUGGUUUUUUAUUAUUGAUUUAUUAACCGGGAAUUUUCUUUCUUUUUUUCUUAAGAAGAUAAUAUAUAUAUUUUGAGUUGAUUUUCAUUUAACUUGAAGUAGAGAGUGAAUAUGUAAAUUAAAAUUCGUAAAUACAUUUUUUUUUCUCAAAAGAAAUGUAAUAUUAAAUUGUAUUUUUAAUUUUCAUACAUAAAUAUUUCUUUUAAAUAUAAAUAUAUUGAAUUUUUCAAUCAUAUGAAAUUUUUCUAUUCAUUCUAUAUUUGUUUGAUACCAUCUGCCAUGUUUAAUUGUAUAUAAAUAUAUGCAAAAAAGAAUAUUAAAUUAAUCAAUAUCAUUUUUAAAUUGAAUUAAUUUUUUUUUUUUUUUUUAAAUAAUUUGAUAAAGGAAUGGAUUAUAGAAAAUUGGUAUUUAUGUAUUUGUAAGAAAUUGUGCUACGAAAUUUCUUCGUAGAUACCUUAUAUAUAGAAUUAUUGAAACGUGAAAAUAAAGCGUGAAUUUAAAAAAUUUUAUGUAAAUGUGCGAUUGUAAUAAUUGUUUAUAUAAACACUUGAUAAGUA